GCUGAUGGAAGCUGCGUCUGUCAGGGCAUGCUGGGAGUUGUAGUUUCCCGGCUGAGCUGAUGGAAGCUGCGUCUGUCAGGGCAUGCUGGGAGUUGUAGUUUGCGUCUGUGGUGCGGGGCUGAUGGGUGCUGGCAGCGCUCUGCAGGGUGUUCCUGUCUGCUGCGCUUCCUCCUGUGCUGUGGGCUGGAGCAGCAGGAAUGUAGUGAGUCAGAGACUCCGGAGAGCGAGGAGCAUCCAUGUGUGUCUCCAGCGCAUCUCCCUCCACCAUGUCCGAGGGCUGGGAGGAAUGGCCGAUCCUGGGUCCCGGCUGGAAGAGACGCACCGUCAUCCGCAAAUCUGGAGCAACUUCUGGACAGUCCGACACCUACUAUCAAAGCCCCGAAGGUCAACGCUUCAGGAGCAGGAAUGAGCUGUCCAAGUAUCUGGGGGACUCGGUGGAUCUGUCCUGGUUCGAUUUCAAGCGCGGUGUUGUAUUAGCGGCUGAUAAGAGAAGACCUCUUCGGAAUUAUAUGCGAUCUCCGAAACAGCCAAAGAGCAAGACUAAGACCAGCGCUAAAAGUCAGAAGUCGUCUCUUCCUGUGGAGAAGAAGGAGAAGUGUCCUGAGGAGAAGGUCGAUCCCAAAAAGAAGCUGCAGAAUGGGAAGGAGCCGGAGUCAUCGCGAGUCAUGUGCUGUAGCGGCUGUAACUCUUGGUUUACCGGAGUGGAGUUUGGUAAAUCCAAGCAGACGGUGUGGUACUGUGCGGACUGCAGAUCCUCCAGACGGGCCUACAACAAGCAGCAGAAGCUCCUAAAGAUUAGGGGCUGCGGGUCGUGCACCGCCUGCCGGCUAACGGAGAACUGCGGACAUUGUUCUGUGUGUCUCCUCCGAACUCAGAACCCAGAAUUUGGAAGCUCCUGGAAGUGUGUGAGAAGACGCUGCCUGCAGGUUAUCAGAAAGGGGGGGACUUGUGGCCGCUGUCCGGGCUGCUCUAAGAAGGAAGACUGCAAUACCUGCUCCGUGUGCGUCAGUAAGCGGGAGAACCCCGACCAGAAGACCAGCGACAAGUGUCUGAAACGUUGGUGUCACAAUAAGACGCAAAAGAUCAAACCACCACCAUCCAAGAAGUUGGCUAAGAAGUUGAACAUUGGAGGAAACUGUGGUCAUUGUCUAGGCUGCACCACAAUAGAAAACUGCGCUGUCUGCUCCCUGUGCGUUCGGAAGAAACAGAACCCCGGUCGGAAGAUCAAAGGAAAGUGCAUGAAACGGCGGUGUCACAAUAAGAAAAAAAAAAUUAAAGUGAAGUCGAGAAUCGGGAUGAGCCAGCAUUUGGCAGGCCGCCGCAAGAACCGAAAAUGUGGGGAGUGCGAGGCCUGCCGAAAGAACUUGGACUGUGGCGAAUGUGACUUCUGCCAAGACAAGCCCAAAUUCGGUGGCCGCAACCUAAAGCGGCAGAAGUGUCGCUGGCGGCAGUGCCUGCGUUUUGCCGUGGAGAAAAAUAUCCCGCUGUAUCUGAAAUCUUCCAAUCACCCGAUAAUAAUGGAGCGGAUAAAGAAGGCGGAGGAGGAAGAGGCCACAGACAGCAUCGUGGUCGAGAUUGAAGAGGAUGAAGAGCUGCCGUUGCCACCCAAGAUACCCGUGAUACGGCUGGCGUUGAAGAAUGGUGGUUACCCUUCUGCAGAUGUAAGAACUCCUCGUCCUCAUCCUGGUACACGUGGUGGCUGGGUCAUAGGUGGCGUGGAUACCAAGGGGAAGCAAGAGAUGGAGACCACUAUCAUUGAGGACGAUGACGACGAGCAGCCCCUGGAUCUCCACUGCCCGGUGAAGUCAGAAGAGUACAUCACGGAGGAUAAUGACAUAGCGAUGGCGGAUGAGAGUACACCGGUGAUCAUGGAGAUCUUCAGUCUGGGCUCCUACAAUGCCAGCACGGGUCUGGACCGGGUCCUGGAAGAAUUCAUGGAGGAGCUGAACGAGAUUCCAUUGCCGGCCCAUUGGGAAGUACUGACCCCCACCGGCCCCAACCUCCACCUCGUCCAGAGGUCCAGGGCGUCCACCAUGGCAGAGACAAUCAUCCACAUACUCCCGGGACUCCACUUUAACAUUGCCGUGCGGAAUUACACCGUCCCCUCCUGCCACGAACUCUUCAGCAAGCACCCCAGCCGGCUCACCACGGUGGACGAGGUGGUGGAGCUCAUCUGCGACCUGGAAGCCUACCGGCCCUGCGCCGGCCUGCCCAAACACGGGCCGCGCUCUCCGAACUGUCUGGUUCUGGUGUACGAGGAACGAUGCCCCGAAUGUUGCAUAGUGCCCUGGCCCUCAGGCAAUUAUCACUGAAACAAAAACAGGGAGGGGGGGGGGUCCGAAGGGUGUAGGGUGGUCCGGCGCUCAGGGAUGAGGAACUACUCACCAGACUUUUUAGCAGUGGAAAAGAUUGGAUCGUACAUUGGGAAGAAAGGGACUCGUUGGAGACCUUUUUUAUAUAUAUUUUUUUUUUUUGGACAAACCUGUGUAUUCCGUAGCAAUUUGGUUCAGCAUGGAGGAUGGUUAAACAUCCCCCCCCCCCCCCUUCUCUCCCGUUAAAGAAAAUAGCACCUCCGUAUACUGCGGCGAUGUACAAUUCAUUCUCCUUACAUAUAGAUGUCCAAAGAAAAAGUGGCCGAAGUGCGACGCAUCCUCCGGUUGUUGGCGCGAGCUUCCUCUUUCGUUGUCCUUCGUGUUUUUUUUUUCCCUCGUAG